GUUAGGUUCUCAUCAAUCGUUUCCUUAAUCCGAUGAUCCGAAUCAUUGUCUCUCUCUCUUCAUCUCUACGCUAAAAAUGGAAACACAGUUUGAAUUCGAGCAAAUUUGAGAUUUACAGGUUCAAUAUUCAUAAAUUUAAUAAUGAAUCUGUAUUUCUUAGUUCCUUCAUUGCCUCCUCUAAUAUGAUUUACAUGUCACUGAUCCGCAGCGAAACGGAGACUGUGAUUAUGGCUUCCAAGAUAAAAACUGGUUUAUCUGAAACUACUUUGGGAAAAUCAUCUCCAGCAUCUCUAAGAGUGCCUAGACUUACUCGGAUAGUGACUAAACCUGAAUCUACUUCUCCUUCACCGACUCAACAACAGUCACGGCUUUCGUUUGAGCGCUCUUCUUCUAAUUCAAAGCCUUCUACUGAUAAGAGGUCGCCCAAAGCUCGAACCCCACCAGAAAAAACUCAAAUACGGGCUGUGAAAGGAUCAGAAACACAACCUCGGUCAGUUCAAAUCAAGGAAGAUUUGAGGAAAGCCAAUGAGCUGAUAGCAUCGCUUGAGAAUGAAAAAGCUAAAGCACUUGAUCAACUUAAAGAAGCGCGGAAAGAAGCUGAAGAGGCAUCUGACAAACUAGAUGAGGCUUUAAAAGCUCAGAAAAAGGCCCAAGAGAACUUUGAAAUUGAGAAAUUUGAGGUUGUUGAGGCGGGGAUAGAGGCGGUUCAGAGGAAAGAAGAAGAAUUGAAGAAAGAACUAGAGAAUGUCAAGAACCAACAUGCUUCAGAAUCAGCUACUCUUCUUUUGGUAACCCGGGAGCUGGAGAAUGUCAAUCAAGAAUUGGCUUAUGCUAAUGACGCCAAGAGUAAGGCUUUGAGUCAUGCAGAUGAUGCUAGUAAGAUGGCUGCAAUUCAUGCACAGAAAGUGGAAAUCUUGUCAUCAGAGUUAAUCCGGUUGAAGGCUUUGCUUGAUUCAACCCGAGAGAAGGAAACCAUCUCCAAGAAUGAGAUUGCUUCAAAACUAGGAGCGGAGAUAGUGGAUCUAAAAAGAGACCUUGAGAAAGCGACAAGUUUGGAAGCAAAGGUCAAGGAACUAGAGAUGAUCAUUGAGCAGCUUAAUGUUGACUUAGAAGCUGCGAAGAUGGCAGAAUCUUAUGCGAACGGCUUUGCUGACGAGUGGCAAAAGAAAGCGAAAGAAUUGGAGAAACGGUUGGAAGAAGCUAACGAGCUGGAGAGAUCUGCCUCGGCUUUAAGGAAGGAGCAAGAUGCUGCUUCAAGUGUUCAAAGGCUCUUGGAAGAGAAAAAGAAGAUCUUGUCAGAACUGGAGAGCUCGAAGGAGGAAGAGGAGAAGAGUAAGAAAGCAAUGGAGAGUUUAGCUUCAGCAUUGCACGAAGUGUCAAGUGAAUCACGCGAGUUAAAAGAAAAAUUGCUGAAUCAAGGUGAUCAGGAUUAUGAAACACAGAUAGAAGAUCUGAAGUUGGUCAUUAAAGCAACGAACAAGAAGUAUGAGAAUAUGCUUGAUGAGGCAAGACAUGAGAUCGAUGUUCUUGUCAAUGCGGUAGAACAAACCAAGAAACAGUUCGAAAGCGCAAUGGUAGAUUGGGAAAUGAGAGAAGCCGGUUUGGUGAAUCACGUGAAGGAAUUUGAUGAAGAAGUUUCUUCAAUGGGGAAAGAAAUGAAUAGGUUGGGAAAUUUGGUUAAAAGGACAAAGGAAGAAGCUGAUGCAUCAUGGGAAAAAGAAUCCCAAAUGAGAGAUAGCCUUAAAGAAGUGGAAGAUGAGGUGAUUUAUCUUCAGGAAACUCUCCGGGAAGCGAAAGCUGAAACCUUGAAACUAAAGGGGAAGAUGUUGGAUAAAGAAACUGAGUUUCAAAGCAUUGUUCAAGAGAACGAUGAACUCAGAGUGAAACAGGAUGAUUCUCUGAAGAAGAUCAAGGAGCUAUCGGAGUUACUCGAAGAAGCAUUAGCCAAGAAACAUACAGAAGAGGACGGUGAGCUCAGUGAGAGUGAAAAAGAGUAUGACUUGCUUCCAAAGGUGGUCGAGUUUUCUGAGGAAAAUGGUAAUAGAAAUGCAGAAGAGAAGUCUUCUAAAGUAAAAACCCGCGAUGGCAUGACCAUGAAACUUGAGGAGGACAGUGAGAAGAAGGAAAAGAAAGAACAUUCUCCGGAUGAUGAGACAGUUGAAGUUGAAUUCAAAAUGUGGGAAAGUUGUCAGAUUGAGAAGAAAGAAGUUUUCCACAAGGGAAAACCAGAACAAGAGUCUGCAAAAGAAGAAGAGGAAGACUUAAACGUGAUAGACCAAAGCGAGAAAACUUCACCUGUAAAUGGAUUAACCGGAGAAGAUGAACUGGUGAAGGAACAGGAAAAGAAGAAGAAGAAGACAUUGUUUGGUAAAGUUGGGAAUCUUCUCAAGAAGAAAGGACCCGUGAUUCAGAAAUAAAUGAAAGCAUCUCUUUAUUACUACAUUUUCUGAGGUCUGUGUUAAAUUGUUGGUUUAUUAUUCUUUUCUUCUUUCGAUUUUUUGUUGGCUUAUCUGUUCUUCAACUUCUUUUGUACCCAGAAAAUUCUUUUGGUUUGUGUUUAUUCUUGCUCGUUAUACUGUAAAUCUGGCAAUUGAUUUCAUUUUGCAUUACGUAAAUAAAUAAUAAAUAAUUCG